UUUUUGCACCUGCUUCCAGUCAAAUCAGAAAGCUCCUUUUUGUGGAAGCUGAGAAGAGCUGGUCUGAAGCUCAGAGCUACUGUAGAGAGAGGUACACGGACCUGGUCACUGUUGACAGCCAGGAUGAAGCCGAGCUCUUAUUUACUGCAGAACAUUCUCUCAGUGAUGCUGCCUGGAUCGGGCUGUAUCGUGACACACAGAACUGGCAGUGGUCUAAAAGCGAUGAUGUCAUCUACACCAGCUGGAGGGCAGACCUCUUCUGUGCUUCAGUCAAUUCACAGGGAGAGUGGGAUGAUUUAGUCUGCAGUGAGAAGAAAGCUUUCAUGUGCUUCAAAGAGACCAGCAACAUCACUGAGAGGUACACCCUGAUUGAAGAGCCGAAAACCUGGACUGAAGCUCAGCAGUACUGUAGAGAACACCACACCGACCUCGUCAGUAUAAAGAGUGCCAGUGAAAAUGAAGACCUAGUAAAGAAAGCGCAGGGCAAGGCCUUCUGGAUAGGCCUGUUCAAUAACGCAUGGAAGUGGUCACGCCAGAGUUAUAACUACACAUUUCACAACUGGGACAAUGAGGAGCCAAACAAUGUGGGAGGCAGUGAGGGGUGUGUGGUGAUGGAUUACAGUGGUACAUGGAAAGACAUUAGCUGCAGCUCAAAGUUGCCCUUUAUCUGCUGUUACGCCACUGGUUCCUUUUUGAUAUACAAUACGGAUCACAAUAAAUGCGUCGAUGCCAUCAGUUCCAGCUCUGUAGUGGCUAGUCCUUGCAACCCCGAUGCCAAAUCACAGCAGUUCAGAUGGGUCUCUGAAUACAGACUGCAGAGCGUCUCAUUGGAAUUAUGUCUGGGAGUGGCGAGUAAAACCGACUGGGUUAGAAUCCUGCUCUACCCCUGUGAUGAGAAGAAUGAACUGCAGCAGUGGGAAUGCAGGGAGGAUCAUUUAUUUGCAAUCCAAGGAGCCAACCUAUUUUUCAAUUAUGGAAACACCAAUGAUGGAAAAGUCAUACUGUAUCAUGGAUCAGGACCCUGGAGCAGAUGGAGCAUAUAUGGCACGGAUGUAGGCUUGUGCUCCAGGCUCUCCCGGAGUCAUGAAGACGGUCUAUGCAGCUUUGAAGAAACUGAGAAGACCUGGCAUGACGCUCAGAGCUACUGCAGAAACCAAAGCAAAGAGCUGGUCACCAUUCAAUACCAAGCCAGGGUGAAUGAGACUUUAGACCUUCUGAAUUCAACUGGAUCCUCUGAUGUCUGGAUUGGGCUGUAUCAUGAUAAAAAGAACUGGCAGUGGUCCAAAGGAGAUGCUUUCAUCUACUACAACUGGAGAUCAGUCCAAUUCUGUGCUUCAGUCAAUUCCGAGGGAGAGUGGGAGGAUAGAGCCUGCAGUGAGAUGACCCGUUUCAUGUGCUACAGCGAGACCAGCAACAUCACUGCGAGAUACACCCUGAUUGAAGAACUGAAAACUUGGACUGAAGCUCAGCAGUACUGUAGAGAACACCACACCGACCUCGUCAGCAUAAAGAGUGCCAGUGAAAAUGAAGACCUAGCGAAGAAAGUGCAGGGCAAGACCUUCUGGAUAGGCCUGUUCAAUGACCCGUGGAAGUGGUCACACCAGGGGGAUAACUACACAUUUCACAACUGGGCUAAUGAACAACCCAACAAUAUGGGAGGCAAUGAGAAAUGUGUGAUUAUAGGUGUAAGGGAUGGAGCAAGUCAAUCCAGAGGGGAAUGGCAUGAUAAGGAUUGCAGCUUGAAGCUCCCCUUCUUCUGCUUUGAUGUUCUAAAUGCCACAAGCCCCCCUUCAACACUGACCUCUGAAGAUUCAGGACCCUCAAGCCCACCUUCAACCCCGGUCUCUCAAGAUACAACCCCCUCAGACCCACCUUCUGCACCAGCGUCUAAAGAUAACAUGGCAAUCAGAAGGGUCAAACUUACUGCACCUAAAGGAAUGAAUCUUGAAGACCCAAAAGUGAGCGAAGCCAUUUUAGAGCAGAUUCAGGAACAUUUCUCCAAGAAGUUUCCGAUGGACGGUGUUAAGAUGCGCUGGAGAAAACAAGACGGAGAGAUUUUCCACAAGGAUGUGGAAGAGGAGGAUGAGGAGGAGGAGGAGAAGGAGGAGAAGUGCUCUGAUCCGUGAGAGCACAGGCAUCGCAAGUGGGGGUUCAGGGCAUUUUGCCAUUGAUCUCUAUUAUAAACAAAUUCUAGUCAAAGGCUUUUGACUGUUUUGAUUUUAAUACUUAAGUAACUAUACAUAAUAGAAUCAGGGUUUCAAAUAAAUAUAAUUGGGAAGUUCAGAAAUGUUUAAAUCUGCAUUAAGAUUAAUAUAAUACUAAAGAGAUUAAACAGAUCUACAUGAAUAGUAGGGUCUGCAAACACUAGACUGCCAAAUGAAUUGCUUCAUUUCUGAAUGUUUUGACUUGUUUAAGGCUGCUGUAAUAAGUAAUAAAGUGAGGUUUUGUAAUAUCGAAAACCCAGGACCAAUGACACCAAGCAAACACUGUUUAAUUUUAAACUGCUCCAGUGAUAAUGUGCUUGUAUGAAUUAAUUUGUGAUAGAAAACUGCCCAUUCAAAUAUAAGUUGUAUCACAAUGUUAGUGUUCUCCUGUGGAUUGUUAUCACCAAGCAAACACUGUUUAAUUUCAGCAUCAUCAUACAUUCAAUAAACUGCUCCAGUGAUAAUGUGUUUGUAUGAAUUAAUUUGUGAUAGAAAACUACCAAUUCAAUUAUAAGUUGUAUCACAAUGUUGGUGUUCUCCUGUGGAUUGUUAUCAGGUCUGCAUUUUUAAAAAUUGAGGCUGUUUAGUUUACUAUUCAUUUUACAUUAUGUCCUGGUUUAUAUUGUGAUGUUUGGUUUUCUUCUGUCAAUUUUACAUUAUAUUGGUGCAAUUCAGAUUUUCAUGAAGGUGGUGGUGGGUGCAUUUAUAAUAAAGUAGCAACUAUAUCCUUAUCAUUUCUAUUCGGGGUAUUGAAGGCAGGGUGUGUUUUAGUGUCACUGCUGGAACACUGGUUUAUAUUAAGGUGGUGGUGGGUGUGCGUUUUCAUUUAUUAAUAAUUCCACGAUUGUUACAUUAGUUACUGGUGCAACUACAAUUUAUUUUUAAGCCUUUGAGUGUGUUUAAUUGUAUUUAGAGAGUACAUCUGUUGUGAUCUAAACAUUUCCCUAUCUAUGUAAUAUAUAUAUAAUUUGUAGCACGGUAGUGGGUGGAGUCAGGUAACAAACCUGGCUCCAAGUUAAUUUUGAGUAAUUGUUUGAGUUGAGUUAAUUGUUUUGUUAAUUAUUUUAUUGUUUUGGCAGUUGGCAAGGUUAAUUACAAAUUUGCAGGGAGCGAUCCAGGGCAGUGAAAGCAAUUGCAGCUUGAUAAUGAGGUGCUUGUGUAACUUGAGAUUGAAAAGAGCAGCUCGUGAUCAAGCUGUUUUGAGGUUUUGUGUUUGAGGGGUAUGGAUAGGAAAGGGGGUCCCUGACCGGGCUGCCCUCUGAUGAUGUGCCGUUUUGUUUUGUUCAUGUGUUUUUGUUUGCUGUCUGUUCUGUAUUUGAUUGCAUUAAACAUGCGCAUUAGCGCUUUGGA